UUCCAAAGUGGAAGCACUGGGUAUAUAUAACAGUUAUCAUAUGCUUGCGUUCUCUUUCUCCUUCGACUCUUAGCAAGUUCACUAUUUGGCAAGUGGGAAAGUUUGUAGACCUUUCGGCACGUAUAUAAAUCUUUCUGACACUGAGAUUGAAAGUGUUUUAACAAUGUUUUGUGUGGCUGGCAACAAAACUUACUAUGGGAAAAAAUUUUCCAUGUUUGGGGAUUUCUCGCUCAAAAUAUUUGGGAAGCUAAAGCUGAAAGAAGAAGAAAAUUCUGCUGGGCAUUGGGUUUGCUGUUGUGGUUCAGCCUCCGAAGAUGAGGAAACUACAAUCAGACUUAUCGUAUUGAACGUCAAUUGUUUCGACUCCAAGCAACGUUUCAUUGACUCAUUAAGAGCUGCUUAUGGAGAAGGAACGUUCUUAUUGGGGCCGCACGUGACGUCAGCUGUCGUCCAUUCGUACGCCUGCUACCUGAAAGAAGACUUCUCCCAACAGGAGAACAAAAGGGUUUUCCAUGAAACGCGUUUCAUGGGAUACCAAGGGAAUAACUACUGGAUUAUUUCCAAUGAUGUGCAUAUUGAGAAUGGUAAAGUGUUAGAUCCAAUUGAUCAUAAGUAUCUAAUAUUGGACAAGUCUUUAAAAAACCACCAAUUGCAAAUUAACGAAAGCUUACUGAACGAUUACGCAAAGUUGAAUCGUUCUGUUGCAAGGUUCAUACUACUUUCGCAAUGCUUGGGCCCUAAUAUGGACUCAUUUUUGCUGGCAACAGCGUUCACUGUUGCUCGGUUGCUGAGGAAUGCUCUCAAUCCUGAAGAUGUUUGGAGAGAGAGUUCUAUUGGCAUGAUAUUCUCCGAAGAAAGGAGCAUAGGGAAAUCGGAGAGUCUAAAUCUCCUUGCUCGGGGUGUUGGAAUUCCCAAUCGAUUGCACGUAAUGUUACUAAGUGGUGGAGACUCCCAGACAUGUGGACAUCUACGUGAGUUUCACGUUAAAAUUAUACGUUGUGGUAUUUUGCUUGUCUGGGCAAUUAAAUACCUGGAGUUAUGGGCUGAGGUUUUUGAACAUGCGCGUGAAAUUGUCGAAGAGGUCGUCCAAGCGAUCUUCGAUGAAAACGACCUGAAGGUGCAGGCAAGGUGGUUGUCUGGUAUUGCCGCGGUACUUGUCGCAAAUGCUCUGUUACGUCUCUCGUGUGGUAACCAAGCGAACACCAAAGAUUACGUAUUGUUUGCAUGCGGCGAGUUAUUAAAGGUGCAGACAGUAAGCAUACGUUCAACAAUGCAAAGGCUAGAAGCUUACAUCAUUGAAAAGAUAGCCGAGGAAAAAGACCCGAUUCUUACAUGGCUGCACCCUAAAGUUACUGUCAACAACAUCGAAGGGAUGAAGGUUCCAGGCAUUGCGCUACUGUCAACUGCUGUCGACAGUUUUGUCGAUAUUUCACAUACAGUGAGUAACACGUACAGUGUUGGAGUCUAA